UGGGCGCGGCGGAGCCGGCUUGGGCGGGGGCGCGGGGAGCAAGGUGCGCCGCGCCCCCGCCCCACGCCGCCGCCAGCCCCUCCCCGCGCUCUCGGCGCCCCCGCCCGCCCGGGACCGUCCCAGCCCCUUCCGUCCUCUCUGCUCGGCCGCUGUCCUCCGCCGGCCCCGCGUGGGAGGACGAUGGGUCAGCGCGGAAAAAGUGAAUGAGGGCGGCGGCGGCGGCGGCCGCAGCCAGCGCCUGACUCCGCCUGGCCGAGCACCGAGCACCGCGGCCCGCUGGCCCGCGGGUACCAUGGACGCGUCGGGCGCCUUGGUGGCCAAGCCCCCUACCGGGAGGAAGAUGAAGGCUCGUGCUCCUCCACCUCCUGGAAAGCCUGCCCCUCUGAGUGUUCAUGGGGAUCUGAGACCCCCCUGUGAUACAGCCCUCAGCUCACAACAGAACCUGAUCCACAUGAAGGAGGCACUACGAAACAGUACCCUGGACAUCACUGUGGUUCUGCCCAGUGGGCUGGAGAAGCAGAGUGUGGUCAAUGGAAGCCAUGCAAUGAUGGACCUAUUGGUCGAACUUUGCCUUCAGAAUCACCUGAAUCCUUCCCACCAUGCCCUUGAGAUCCGGUCUUCAGAAACCCAACAGCCUUUGAGUUUUAAGCCAAAUACUUUGGUUGGAACCUUGAAUGUGCACACUGUGUUUCUGAAAGAAAAAGUUUCCGAAGAGAAGGUUAAGCCUGGCCCACCUAAGGUGCCUGAGAAAUCUGUGCGUUUGGUAGUGAAUUACCUUCGGACACAAAAAGCUGUUGUGCGGGUGAGCCCUGAUGUGCCACUCCAGAAUAUUCUGCCAGUCAUUUGUGCAAAGUGUGAGGUCAGCCCAGAUCACGUGAUUCUGCUCAGGGACAAUGUUGCCGGAGAGGAACUGGAGCUGUCCAAGUCCCUGAAUGAGUUGGGGAUAAAGGAACUCUACGCUUGGGACAACAGGAGAGAAACAUUUAGAAAAUCAUCACUUGGCAAUGAUGAAACAGAUAAAGAGAAGAAAAAAUUUCUGGGAUUUUUCAAAGUUAAUAAAAGAAGCAGUAGCAAGGCUGAGCAGCUUGGGCAGUUGGGCCCUGACAGCGAUGAGGACACCUCAAAGUUGGCUUCGGGAAGGGGCAUGAACGGCUGCUUAACAACACCCAACUCCCCAUCAGUGCAUUCACGUUCCCUCACGCUGGGUCCAUCCCUCUCCCUGGGCAACAUCUCUGGGGUGUCUGUGAAGUCAGAGAUGAAGAAGCGCAGAGCCCCUCCUCCUCCAGGUGCUGGGCCACCAGUUCAAGACAAGGCAUCGGAAAAGAUGUCUCUGGGCUCACAGGUUGAUUUGCAGAAGAAGAAGCGGCGGGCACCAGCUCCACCUCCACCACAGCCACCACCACCAAGUCCCCUGCCACAGCCACCACCACCAAGUCCCCUGGUCCCCAACCGCAGGGAGGACAAGGAGGAGAACAGGAAGAGCACAGUGGGUGUUGGACGGCAGGUACCACAAAAGCCUCCCAGAGGCACUGCUCGGGGCCCACCUCAGCUAGUGCUUCCCCCGCCCCCACCAUACCCUCCUCCUGACACAGACGUAGUGGAGCCUCUCAGCUCACCCGGGGAAGGUGCUGGUUCCGAGGCCUCAGAGCUGAGACCCAAACUGAGCCUGCCCCUGGGUCCCAGUGGUCACUGCAGUGGGGAUGGAGUCCCACUGGUGCCAUCAGAGGCCGAGGAGACUGUGUCUGUUGGCAGCUGCUUUGCAUCAGAGGACACAACCGAGGACUCGGGGGUGAUGAGCUCCCCCUCAGAUAUUAUCUCUCUGGAUUCGCAACAUGACAGCUUGAAGUCCAAGGAUAAGUGGGCCACAGACCAAGAAGACGGCAGCGACCAGGACCUCAUGGGAACCCCGGAACUGGGCCCACAAAAGAGCCCCUCUUGGGAGAGAAAUGGCUGCAGGAACUCACAUCUGAGAUCUGAAAAAGCUACCAUAGUUUUAAAUAAUGAUGAAGAAUUAUUCACUGCUGGACAAUUCCAUAAAACCUUGGCAGAACUUGAUGAAGAACUGGAAGAAAUGGAAGAGAGUUAUGAAACAGACACCAGCUCACUAACCAGCUCUACAAAUGGUGUGUCCCACCACAGUGUGCAAGAUGCCAUCAUCCCUGACAGUGACGCAGAUACCAUCCCAGUGACAUUCAUCGGGGAAGUUUCAGAUGAUCCUAUAGAUUUGGAACUGUUUUCCAAUAGAAACAACAAUGCUGGUUCUUUUGACAUGGGAAAUGUUGCCAGCAGGAGAGCCCCCUGGGCCUCAUUUCAGGCCGAGCACAGCCAGCCUCAGGGAAGGACAGGGGAAGAAGUGCCUGACCCCUACACUCCUUCCCACGACCUCAGAAAGGGAACCCAAUCCAAUACCUCUCAAGAUGGGAAUUUCGUCGACACAGGGCCCAAGGUGACUUCUUUUGUUUCAAAACUUCAAAUAAAUGGCCUAAAUGCAAGGGAAAAAGGAAAAGGUCCUGUUCCAGCUUAUAGUGAGACAACGCGUCCUGUCCAGAGAGCGAGUUUACAGCCAACAAGUGAAAAGGAAAGCAACGAUAAAACCGAUAAAACCGCUGUCUCAGCACCACCAUCAUGGUAUCAGCAAGGCCAAACUCCGAGGGGAAGUUACGGACUGAAGUGCGGCCUCACUACCUAUAAAAUCGUUCCUCCCAAGUCAGAGAUGAAGUGCUACGACAGGGACGUGUCCCUCUCCAUGGGCGCCAUUAAGAUUGAUGAGCUGGGGAAUCUGGUGAGUCCCCAUGUGAACAGCAGCAGGACCAUACCCCUCUCAUCAUCUGUUAUUGAAACAGAAACUCAACCCAUUGGGAAAGUGAAGGAGUUCUGGAGGUGCAGCUCAUUGGAGAAGCAGCUGACCCAGCCCAAAGAUUGCUCAGCCAAGAGGACCACCACCACCACCACCACCACCAUGCCAGCCAAGCCACAGCCCAACAACAGACUCGAGGUAGCCCCAACGUUAACUGCACCCCAGCAGCAAGCUGACCCCCAAGAAUGCAGGACACACCUGGAAGAGGGGAGGAGCCGGCCACCCUCGGCACUCACUUGUCACAUGAAAGUGCCAGCAGGUAACACCACAGAAGUCACAUUCCUCAAGCCUCAGAGAAGAACAUCUAGCCAGUAUGUGGCCUCUGCCAUUGCCAAGCGGAUAGGACCCCCCAAAGUCCACAGUGAUGUACUGAGGCAGCACAAUAAUGAGGAAAAGUGUCAUGGGGACAGAGUACCAAAGCUUCCAGGAGAGCCUGUCACUGUGAAGCAUGACACAGCCCCCAAAGUGUACUCGGAGGCACAAAGACAUAGACAUGAGGCAAAGCAGCCUGACGUCAGCCUUCCCAGCAAUGCUGGGGGACAGUUAGCCGCGGGAGCCCAGCCUAGAGGGGAGGUCAGCAGCCCAUGUGGGAAGCUGUCUACUCAAGACUGUCCUGCCACUGUCCACAGAAGCUCCUGUUUCCCACUAGUCAGAUCUUCCCAGAAGGAUCAUGUUUCUGUGGGACAGAGCUGUGGUUUCAAUGAAAAGCAAGGCGCGAGUAACCAAAAGACCAGCUCAGCGUCUGACCCUGCGCUCACACUGGACAGGGUGCACCCGCCUCCUUCACGCCUGGCAGAUGCUCAGAGCUCCAGCAGGGCACUGGUGAAUGGCUCUACAGGGGCCCCAGGCAACAGCGAGCCUCCUCACUUUCCCAAAGUGUCCAGCACUAGUAGCCACAUCAUCCUAGAAAUGGAGCAAAAACCCAACUCAUUAUCUACAGAUGUGCAAGAAACAGAUGGUACCUUGCCACCCAGCAUUUUUGGGCCAAAGAAAAAAUUCAAACCUGUUGUCCAGAGGCCAGUUCCAAAAGAUACAUCCCUGCACAGUGCCCUGAUGGAAGCCAUCCAUGCUGCAGGAGGGAAGGACAAGCUCCGCAAGACUGCAGAACACACCAUGGAGGGAGGGCCAAAGAAACCGUCCUACACAGAGGCAGAGAGUGAGCGAUCAGCCCUGCUCGCAGCCAUCCGUGGGCACAGCGGUGCCCACAACCUGAGGAAGGUGUCCUCCUCUGCCUCUGAAGAGCUCCAGAGUUUUCGAGAUGCUGCACUCAGUGCACUGGGUGCAGAAAAUCCUCAGCAAGAAGACCAUGGCCUUCCACCCCCACCAGCCCUGCCACCUCCUCCCCCACCGACCUCCCAGGCUGCAUCAAGGACAGCUUCCAGGUUCAGCUCAGGCACCCUCAGCAACCCAGUGGAUGCCAGGCAAGCCUUGAUGGAUGCCAUCCGCUCUGGCACAGGGGCUGCAAGAUUGAGAAAGAGGACCUGGAAUGUACAGUUAGUACCCUCUAAACCCGUGUUCAGAUGUAACACAUGCACCUGUCCAGCACUUCAUUCCAUAAGCCUUUCCAGAGAACCAACCAGGGUCCAGUCACUAUGAGAGCUGCUCUCAGAGAAGGAUGAAUGAAGUAUCAUUGUGUCUGAAGAAGUUCUCAGCUAGAGAGAGACCCAUGAGAGUCUGGGCAGUGUUUAUAGUUGAACCGAGGAUGUUUUCAGAAGGUGCCCUUGCUCGUGUGAAUCACUGAGAAAAGUCAGAGAAUGACAGGAACCCACCUGUAAGACUCCCCCAAUCAUCACUCAAGGACUCCACAUGGCAAGGAACAUCACGAUUUGGUGUUAUUUUCUUGUCUACAGGCCAAAAUGCGUGCAGUUGAUUUUCAGUAUUCCUGCAUAAUGGUUCAAAGGAGAGGAAAAUGCUGCUUUGCUAUGCGGCUUGUGUGCCAAGGAAAUGUGUUUUGCCUCUGAAUACUUAAAGUUGCCAAUAAACUAUUCUUGUUGGCAGGUUAAUGGGAAUAUAAAUGCUGGAGCCCAGCGCUCACGCUUAAUUAGAUUUAUGAGCACAGUGAAAAGAAUCAUGGCUUAGAUUGAUUUUGGACCUUGGAGACUUUGACCACAUGUAGAUGGUUAAAAUCAUUGACUUGUUUAAAAUCUUUUGAAUUUUAGGGGGGGGAAUCCAUAAAUCAACAGAAGCAAUCUGAAUGUCAUAUGCCAUGUGAUGCUGUGUGUUUAGGGAGUAAGAAGAGAGUUGGGAGGCUUUUCCAAAGACGACUCGUGUUGGGUAAUAAAACUAUUCAAUUUUUAUUCCUCAAAUAUUUGAGGCUAAUACCUCAUAGAAGGUCUUAGACUGUGAUCUGACCAACUAAACUUUUUUUUUUUUUUGGGUGCUGGGGAUUGAACUUUGUGCAUAUGAGGUAAGCGCUCUACCAACUCAGCUGUAUCCCCAGCCCCAAUUAAACUUUUAAAAACCAACAGUUACUGCCUAGAAUAAUAAUCUUAAUUGUGUGGAGAGGGCACUUCCAAAUCCUCAAAGGUGGCAGGUAGCAGAGAUCAGAACAGUGUUGGAGGGAUGUGUCCCGUGUGGACAGCCAUCCCCAGCUGGCUAUGAAGUACAGCAGGUUGACCCCACCCCACACCCCUGGGGACCUGAGUAUGGAGCCUGAUGAUGUGGUCAGGAGCCUCCUGAAGUCCUGCAGAGCCCCCAGGAGCUAGGCUGUUGGGUACCUGAGUGUCACAGAGUGGAUCAAGGUUCUGCUUCAGAUUUCAUGAUUUGGAUGUGACCCUGAUGCUUUUCCCAACAGUUCAGUGGCUGCUCUUGUAUUAUAUUACAGUCCUCUUGCAGCACACGGUGCUCAGUCACCAGCAUUUAUAAAAAAUUUAAGCACAGCCGUAGUGUUUCACAUGUAUCUCUAAAACAUUUUAUUCAAUGAAGAAAAACAAGAGAUUAAUAGAUAUCAAGAGGAGUUCAUUUAAUAAAAAUCUCCUAGCGAAAAAAACAAGAUAUGAUGAAAUCAUUUUAAUGUUUCACAACUACUUCAGAUUCAGGCAUCAGGUAGAAUGGGAACUUUGCAUUGUCUGAUUAAUGUUGCUGAACUUUCUCAGUGAGGCAAGAACUACCAGCCAAUUGCUCUUAGUCACAGCUGUCCACUAUUUCUUUUAGUGCCACAAAUAAACAAAAGUCAAAUCAUA